UGGGACUCGGCAUCAUGAAGUGGGCGGUGGUGGCCCUGGUCUGCCUCCAGCUCCUGGAGGCAGCAGUGGUUAAGGUGCCCCUGAAGAAGUUCAAGUCCAUCCGAGAGACCCUGCGGGAGCAGGGCUUGCUGGAAGAGUUCCUGAGGACCCGCCCGUACGACCCCGCCCAAAAGUACCACUUUGGCGACUUCAGCGUGGCCUACGAGCCGAUGGCCUACCUGGAUGCCGCCUACUUCGGGGAGAUCAGCAUCGGGACCCCUCCUCAGAACUUCCUGGUCCUGUUUGACACGGGUUCCUCCAACCUGUGGGUGCCCUCCGUCUACUGCCAGAGCCAGGCCUGCACUGGCCACGCCCGCUUCAACCCCAGCAAGUCCUCCACCUACUCCACCAACGGGCAGACCUUCUCCCUGCAGUACGGCAGCGGCAGCCUCACCGGCUUCUUCGGCUACGACACGAUGACCCUUCAGAACAUCAAGGUGCCCCACCAGGAGUUUGGCCUGAGUCAGAACGAGCCGGGAGACAACUUCGUCUACGCCCAGUUUGACGGCAUCAUGGGCAUGGCCUACCCCACCCUGGCCAUGGGGGGCGCCACCACGGCCCUGCAGGGCAUGCUGCAGGCGGGCGCCCUCGACAGCCCCGUCUUCAGCUUCUACCUCAGCAACCAGCAGAGCUCCCAGGAUGGAGGUGCGGUCGUCUUUGGGGGUGUGGACAACAGCCUGUACACGGGGCAGAUCUUCUGGACUCCCGUCACCCAGGAGCUCUACUGGCAGAUUGGUGUUGAACAGUUCCUCAUCGGCGGCCAGGCUACCGGCUGGUGCUCCCAGGGCUGCCAGGCCAUCGUGGACACUGGCACGUCCCUGCUCACCGUGCCCCAGCAGUACAUGAGCGCCCUGCAGCAGGCCACGGGCGCCCAGCUGGACCAGUACGGACAGAUGGUGGUGAACUGCAACAACAUCCAGAACCUGCCCACCCUCACCUUUGUCAUCAACGGGGUCCAGUUCCCCCUGCUGCCCUCUGCCUACGUCCUGAAUAACAAUGGCUACUGCACCCUGGGUGUGGAGCCCACCUAUCUGCCCUCCCCGACGGGCCAGCCCCUGUGGAUCCUCGGCGACGUCUUCCUCAGGUCCUACUACUCCGUCUACGACAUGGGCAACAACAGAGUGGGCUUCGCCACUGCUGCCUAGAGCCCGCGCCUGGACGCCCCGGCCCUCGGCCACCUCCUGGCGCCCCGACCCGCUCGGGGCCCUC